AUGCGGGCGCAGGAACAAUGGCAAUACUGUACUGGCAUCUCCUUAGGCGAGGGUCUUACGAGAGUCCAGUUCAUUCAAUGCGACCUCGCAGGCAGCAAAGCUGCCAAGAAUGCCGCCAAUGAAUUGGAGCAGCGGAUUGACAGACUUGAUACCUUAAUAUGUAAUGCUAGUACGCCUAGCGCUUCACUAGUUUGCUGGCUUGUCCUGUUCCUACCAGACGCUUUCCGCCCCUUCCUCUGUCCCCCAUAUAUGCAUGACAGGCUCGCUGUUAAUAUUCUGCGAAAGCCAUUGGCGUGUAAUCCGAUUAUAAACGAUCGCUACAAGAUGUUGAGCAGGUCUUAUGCUUCGAAUUGCGUUGGUCAUCAAGUCCUGGCAACCCAUCUACUGCCCCUCAUGAAGCGUACCAUCGCCCAGGGCAAGGCUAGCAAAGGGAGGAUUGCGGUAGCUAGCUCGUCUCUGCACUCAUUAUGUCGUGAGCUCGACCUCAACCUUCUCACCUCACCUACCUACCCUAAACCGCCAUCUAUUGAUGGUGUGUGGCGGUAUGCUCGCGCGAAAGUAGGGACUAUCCUCUUUACAAGGGAACUUAAGCGUCGGUUACUACAGGAAGAGGAUUCUGCAAGUAGCAAGGUUUACGUUGAUGCCUCUUUCCCGGGUAACAUAGUCACUGAUCAGUGGAGUGUCUGGGACAAUCUAGAGGAUGGGGCUGCAGCUGCCAUAUAUUUAGCCUCGAGUCCAAAGGUGGCAGAGAACGGCGCUCGUGGCCAGUACUUUAUUCCUGUUGCAAAGCCGUACGGCACAACUCCUAUUGCUAGCGAUAUGAAACUCGGGCGUGAUCUUUGCGCUGCUCCUUUCGCCAUACUAGAUCACUACUUACACAGCCUGUUCCCCCUGCAGGAUUGGAUAGAUGCCAAAUCAGCAGAGGCUUUAAGCGAUGGACACGAUAAAACUCGUACCGUGGGUAGGUAG